AUGUCGACUCGACGCAGUAAUCGUGUAGGCAGCAGGGCGGCUAGCCGUGGAGAAUCGCCUAGCAUGUCGAUACCAGAUGCUCCACUAACUCCAUCUCAAGCCCGUUCUCGUCGCUCUACAAAACUCCCAUCGUCAACAGAUGGUCUAAAGACAAGCACCUCAAGCACGAGUACGUCUUCCCGACGGAAGAAAGCUGUUGUAUCUAAAGCAAGAGAAAAGGGCCCUAGCGCCUCACAUGGCAUAACUGACUCAGUAAAUGAUGAACCGAAUACAACUCAGCCUCUUUGUAGCUCCCCUGGAAUAUUAUUGCCAUUGCCAAGGAACAAAAGCGGACUGGAAGCAGUAACUGAUAGAAGUUUUGAUAUAGAAAGUGAUAUAUAUAGCUCUGCUAAUCUUGAAUCUUCUAUCACUGACUCAGAUGAGCUUCGAUCAACUCCAGAGUAUUCAAGACACGAGACUAAAGAUCAAGAUGCAUAUCUUGACGAACCUAGUCAGUCGCAUAAAGAUUACACUGAACUGACGAGUAACAUCUCUAAACACUCGCUAGCACAAGGUACAUCGAGUGUAAGUUCUACGACGAAACUUACAAGUGGUUCUAACUGGCAAUUUCACGCAUCCAGCCUGCGGUUUCGUCUUAACGGAAGAACAAUAUUGUUGCGAGGAGCUCAAAUACUUACCAUAUUAUUCAUUAUUUUGUUCAUUCCCAGAAUUUCUAGUUUUGGAAAAGAUCUAUCGGUGCCUUUUCCGAGUAUAUUUCACCUGACAGAAGCAUCUACAAUCCAAAGACGCCUAAGCAAGCUAGAAUCAGAUAUUUCCGUCUUACAGAGGCAGUCAGUUGACAUUGACUUCCAGGCCUUGAAAAAAUUACAACAAAUUUUACCGGAUUCAAUUGCAUUACGGAGAAGAAAUGGAAAACCUCAUAUUCCAGAUGAUUUCUGGCAGGCGCUGCGAGACAAAAUCCUAUCAGACGAUAUCCUUUCUAGUAUUUUUGUCCAGACAUUAAGUUAUACAGAUGAAACUGGUGAUCCUACGACAAACGAUACCCAAGCUCAGAAGUUGUGGGAUAGAUUCUCGAAGGAAAAUGAGCAAAAGAUUAGACAAUUGAGUGAUGAAAAGUUGACUGAUCAGUUCCCAAAAUUACUGCGCGAAAAUGAUAUCAUUUCCAAGGCUGAAGUUAUUGAGAUGAUUCGCGAGAACUGGGAGGAUAAUAAAGCCUCAAUAGACAAUGAGAUGAAACACUUUACAGCAAGAUUGAAACGGUCAAUGCAACAGAGCGUACUACAAUCCAAUAUGUCUGCUCAGCAUCUCAAGACAUUGGCGGCUGAAAUUCUGAACUAUAUCCCAAGUGCACAAUUACAAGCUGCGGCACGUGUAAAUAUUCAAAAUAAUGUCAAACAUGGCUCUAUGAAAACAAAUCAUCUCUCAAUGUGGACUGGUGCCCUUAUAGACGCUCGUAAUACUUCACCGAACUAUGUGUUUCCGAGUCAGGCCAGAAUUUGGUUUUAUGAAAGGUGGGCUCGAGCACUCAUGAGUAAUCCAGUUCCACUCCCUAAACCUGCAGAAGAAGCUCUCAAGAAAUGGGAGGAGCAAGGCGAUUGCUGGUGUUCAUCGGCUCGAAAUGGACGUGGCUUUGGCCCGAGCCUCGGUGUUCUUUUAGGAAAUAAAAUAUAUCCUGAAGAGAUAGUAGUCGAGCACAUUCCAGCCGCUCUUGCAUUGCAACCUGGUGCGACUCCUAGAAACCUUGAGCUUCUUGCAUUUAUAGAAGAUCCCAAAAUCGAAGCCACUAUACGGCGAGAGUCAGAGAGGUUAUUUUCAGAAAUUUCGAGUGAAGCGCAUGAUAAUCUUAAAGGUUAUGUCCGGAUCGCAGCCUGGAUUUAUGAUCUCAAUGCCCCUUCAAACGUUCAGACUCAUGAGAUCCCACUAAGUUUGAAGGAAUUCGGAACCGAUACAAGCAAGGUCAUUGUUCGCAGUAAAACUAAUUGGGGUGCGGGAAACGUUAACUACACCUGUUUUUAUCGUGUUCGUCUUCAUGGUCCUAUUGCUGAGUUGUCUGAGCCAUAA